UACAAUGGAAAAUGACAGACCCGCAUCAAAAAGCAGCCACCACAAUCCGCAAACCGUCUUUUCCUACUCCUCACACGCUUCUCCUCCCAUUUUUGUAGUAUAUCCCAGAAUCCUCUCCUUUUACCCCAUAAACUCUCUCUCUCCUUUUCAGUUGCCAAAAGUCUUCUGCAUUUUCUCUGCUAUUCCCCCCGUUUCUCGUGAUUCUCAACGACUUGCGUAAAGAGAAGACGUACGCCAACACUUUUGAGUUCCGGAUUUUUGGAGUUUGGAGCUUCGGAAUGGCUGGGGAAGCGGAUGAUUUGAAGAACAAAAUUACCGUAGGAGUAUGUGUAAUGGAAAAGAAGGUGAAAUGCGGCUCCGAGGCCUCUUCUGCGCCGAUGCUGGAGAUUUUGGAGCGACUCGAGGCGUUUGGAGAAUUUGAGAUUUUGUAUUUUGGGGACAAGGUGAUCCUUGAAGAACCUAUUGAGAGGUGGCCAAUAUGUGAAUGUCUGAUUGCCUUCCAUUCCACUGGUUAUCCUCUGCAGAGGGCUGAAGCAUAUGCAGCGUUAAGAAAGCCUUUCCUUGUAAACGAGUUAGGACAACAACGCCUUCUUCAUGAUCGAAGGAAAGUUUAUGAGCAACUUGAAAUGUUUGGAAUUCCUGUUCCGAGAUAUGCUCUAGUCAACCGGGAUUAUCCAAAUCAAGAGCUGGAUUAUUUCAUUGAGGAGGAAGAUUUUGUUGAGGUCCACGGGAACCGUUUCUGGAAGCCUUUUGUGGAAAAGCCUGUUGAUGGUGAUAACCACAGUAUAAUGAUAUAUUACCCUAGUUCAGCUGGCGGGGGAAUGAAGGAGUUGUUCCGAAAGGUUGGUAAUCGGUCGAGCGAAUUUCAUCCAGAGGUUAGAAGGGUGAGACGUGAAGGUUCUUAUGUAUAUGAAGAAUUCAUGCCCACCGGGGGAACAGAUGUUAAGGUAUAUACAGUGGGCCCCGAAUAUGCUCAUGCAGAGGCAAGGAAAUCUCCUGUAGUUGAUGGUGUUGUAAUGAGAAAUCCUGAUGGUAAAGAAGUCAGAUAUCCUGUUCUUCUUACUCCAACUGAGAAACAAAUGGCAAGAGAGGUUUGCAUUGCGUUCAGGCAAGCUGUGUGUGGAUUUGAUCUUCUGCGCUGCGAGGGACGUUCAUAUGUUUGUGAUGUCAAUGGAUGGAGCUUUGUUAAGAACUCUUACAAAUAUUAUGAUGACGCUGCUUGUGUGUUGAGGAAGAUGUUUCUUGAUGCAAAAGCCCCACAUCUUUCUUCAACAAUUCCUCCAAUUCUGCCUUGGAAAGUCAACGAGCCUGUUCAGCAGUCAGAAGGACUCACUCGGCAAGGAAGUGGGAUAAUUGGGACAUUUGGGCAAUCCGAAGAGCUACGUUGUGUAAUUGCAAUUGUUCGGCAUGGAGACAGAACACCAAAGCAGAAAGUCAAGUUGAAAGUCACUGAGGAAAAGCUUUUGAACUUGAUGCUAAAAUACAACGGGGGAAGACCUAGAGCAGAGACGAAGCUGAAAAGUGCAGUUCAGUUGCAAGAUCUUCUGGAUGCUACAAGAAUUCUAGUACCUCGAUCUAGACCUGGACGAGAAAGUGAUAGUGAAGCUGAAGAUAUUGAACAUGCGGAAAAGCUUCGUCAAGUGAAAGCUGUUCUUGAGGAGGGGGGUCAUUUCUCUGGCAUAUACAGAAAGGUCCAACUUAAGCCAUUAAAGUGGGUCAAGGUUCCAAAGGCUAAUGGUGAAGGAGAAGAAGAACGACCUACUGAGGCAUUGAUGGUUCUUAAAUAUGGUGGUGUUCUAACUCAUGCUGGGAGAAAGCAGGCAGAAGAAUUGGGCAGGUACUUCCGGAACAAUAUGUAUCCAGGCGAAGGCACUGGAUUGCUUCGUCUCCACAGUACAUAUCGUCACGACCUAAAAAUAUACAGUUCAGAUGAAGGCCGUGUACAGAUGUCAGCAGCUGCUUUUGCUAAAGGUCUUCUUGACUUGGAAGGGCAACUGACACCUAUUUUGGUAUCACUUGUCAGUAAGGACUCCUCAAUGUUGGAUGGGCUUGACAAUGCCAGUAUUGAGAUAAAAGAAGCUAAGGCCAGGCUAAAUGAGAUCAUAACUUCUGGCAUGAAAUCUGUUCAUAGUAGCUGUCCAGAGAAACCGUGGAUGGUUGAUGGUUCUGGACUCCCUGCAAAUGCCUCUGAACUUCUACCCAAACUGGUCAAUUUAACAAAGAAGGUUACAGAACAAGUGAGAUGUUUAGCCAUGGAUGAAGAUGAGGAGCUUGUGGAGACAAGUUCAUAUGAAGUGAUUCCCCCAUAUGAUCAGGCUAAGGCACUUGGUAAGACAAAUAUAGAUGUUGAUCGGAUUGCAGCGGGCUUACCUUGUGGUAGUGAGGGAUUUCUUCUCAUGUUUGCUCGAUGGAGAAAACUUGAGAGGGAUUUGUAUAAUGAGCGCAAAGGGCGGUUCGAUAUAACACAAAUUCCUGAUGUUUAUGAUUCUUGCAAAUAUGAUCUCUUGCACAAUGCACAUCUCAAUCUGGAAGGGUUAGACGAACUCUUCAAAGUUGCUCAGUUACUUGCAGAUGGUGUUAUUCCAAAUGAGUAUGGAAUCAAUCCAAGGCAAAAACUAAAAAUUGGAUCAAAGAUUGCACGGCGCUUAAUGGGUAAAAUUUUGAUUGACCUAAGAAAUACACGUGAAGAAGCAAUCAGUGUUGCUGAAUUAAAGUGCAACCAAGAUAUCCUCAAUACUGGAAAGGAAGAUGGAGAUUACUUAUUGAAGUCUCAGAGUAAAACUGAAAGCUCGAGAAGAACCAGUUUUACCAGUGAAAUGUCAAUGGAUCAAGAUGAAGAUGAUGACAAAGAAAUUAAAUACCGUCUGGACCCAAAAUAUGCAAAUGUGAAAACACCAGAGCGGCAUGUGCGAACAAGGCUAUAUUUCACUUCUGAAUCACACAUCCAUUCAUUGAUGAAUGUUCUUCGUUAUUGCAACCUGGACGAAUCGCUUCAAGGAGAAAAUAGCCUUGUUUGUGAUAAUGCCCUGGACCGGUUGCAUAGGACAAAGGAGCUUGAUUACAUGAGUUACAUUGUGUUGAGGUUGUUUGAGAACACCGAGGUGGCUUUUGAAGAUCCAACGAGAUUUCGGGUGGAGAUGACUUUUAGCAGAGGUGCAGAUUUGUCCCCUCUGGAGAGAAAUGAUAGUGAGGCAGCGUCGUUGCACCAGGAGCAUACAUUGCCAAUAAUGGGCCCUGAGAGGCUGCAGGAAGUAGGAUCAUGUUUAACUUUAGAAAUGAUGGAGAAGAUGGUACGUCCAUUUGCAAUGCCAGCUGAGGAUUUCCCUCCACCAACAAUUCCUCAAGGAUUCACCGGUUACUUCUCCAAAAGCGCAGCGGUUUUGGAGCGCCUUGUCAAUCUCUGGCCCUUCCACAAGCACGGCAACACCAACGGUACCAACUCACCAAAGUCUCCAAGGAAUCUACCUGAAUCUUGCUGAAGAAUUAGGAGAGUGUGAGAGCCAAGCCAACAGUUAUAGUACCAUAUUACUCGAGUUGGAAGCUAUUUCUACUUUUUCUUUUUCGGAUUCUGUAAUAGAUUUGCAGUGUCAAAGAUUCACAUAUGCCGAGUAUCAAAGAAUUAGAUGCCUUUCAAGCUGAGGCGAUUCGCCAAAUA